AUGAAGUCUCCUCAAGUUCAACUUGCUUAUGCCCAUAAGAUCUGUGCUGGUAGAGGUUCUUUGCAGGGCGGUGGAGGGUACUUCCGGGACGUUUUCAAAGUCCCCGAGUCAACGAGUGUCGCUCUAUCAUGGACUAUGAGAAGCAGUAUCAGUCUGAAGCAGGCAGAAUUGGGUGUCUUCCUGGGCGAUCGAUGCCGCCGAGGGCUGGUGUUGAUUGAUGCCUUACACAUCGCUGAGGAAGCUGAGAGGAUCAUCGUUCCUGGUUUCCAGGCUUUCGGCUACACGCCGCAUGAUAUCAAGGCCGUCUUCAUCACGCAUGAGCACUUCGACCACUUUGGUGGCGUUUGGUGGUUGCGAGACACGUACCAUAUACCGGCGUACGGCAGUGUAAUCGGCUGGGACAAUAUGGCACACUAUGAAAUUGACGGUGGGUCAAGACGAGACCAGCUUCAUGUUCAAUAUGCGAGAUGGCAGAGGGAAUACAUGGCAGCCCUGAACGGUGGAGCUGGAAUCAAGAGCAAUGGGACACAGUGGGCCGCUCAGGUCAAUGAUAAGCCGGCAAUGGUGAUCGAGGAUAAUAAUGUAACCGUCAUGCUCGCCAACCAUCCAAACCAGGACCAGUCUGUGACCAGCUUCGACAUUCUGGAGGCCAGAAAAUGCGAGGACGGUGAGUGCGAGCAGGAGAACCCGUUCGUGGCCGGGACAGAUGCCUUUUCUAGGUAG